AUGGCUGAAAGUUCGUUACCCAAAGAUUCUAAGAAGGGGAAGGCUAUCAUCCCGCGUGACGAACGACGGUCGGAACCAGAAGAGAAAGUGUGCUUCUCCUCUAAAAUCCUAGAAGAAAAACUACCAAAAGGGUACCGACCCCCAGCUAUCGGGGAAUAUGAUGGUAGUAAAGAUCUUGAGGACCAUCUGCGCAAAUUCAGGAGCGCAACUCUGCUGGAUCAAUACAGCGAUGCUAAAUGGUUUGAUGGAUUGUCGCAUGGGUUCAUCACUUGCUUCUCCGACUUCAAAAUCGCCUUCCUGCGCCACUUCGCCAGCAGCAGGAAGUACCAAAAGACAGAUCACUGCUUGUUCACCCUCAAGCAAGGAUCCGCUGAAUCACUGAGGAGCUACAUCAAGCGCUUUAACCAAGUGGCCCAGGACGUUCCUUCAGCCACAUCUGAAAUACUUAUGAGUGCUUUCUCCCAUGGUUUGACUGAGGGAGAAUUCUUUAGGGAUCUCAUCCGAAAUCCUAUGAAGAAUUUCGAUGAGAUGCUGGAGAAGGCCGCCAGCUACAUCAAUGUAGAGGAAGCUCAGGCGGCAAGAAGGAAGAUAGACAAACCUCUUCCCACGAAUAAGUCUGAGAGAAGAGCACCUCCACCUCCUGCUCAACCUCUCCCACGUGCUCAAGACGCCCGACCAACUUUCCACCCUGGUCAGGAUGCCCGAUCGGUCCCACGGGUAGUUGCCGUUCAGGUCCCUCGACCUGGACCAUGGGGAGCGCGUUACUGCACAUAUCAUCGCUCUCACUCGCAUGCCACCAGUGACUGCUACCAAUUCACGCGGGAUUCGUGCCGCGCUGCCGAGUUGGGUUUGCCACCCCCCACCCCGAGCUGGUGCCUCAGGUCCAGCGAAUGA